AGCCGGAGGAAACAGUGAGGAAAACCGGCCGCCGUGGCGCAGUGAACCUGUUUCUGUGAACUACUAAAACGUUCGACGGAAACACUCUUUUCCCUCCAUAUUUGCAAAGCUUGGGAGUUAAUGGCCAUCUGGCGUUUCUGUAAGAUUUAAUUGAGAAAUCUGUGCCCAGUAAUUGCCAGAGAGAAAAGGGUGGUUUUGAGUGCCGAGGCUGAAAUAGUAGGGACCGAGGAUUCUGUCACUCAGACACCGUUUUGGGAAGCCAAGUGGUACGGACCAUGAGCGAUCAAGGGGAAAGCUCCAAAGCCAGAUUGGAGUUUCUUGCAUAUCAAGAUCUCCCAAUUACAGAAGAUGAAUUUGAGAAAGCCAAGCUAGUUGAAGGAUCUGAUGCUCAAGGGCAAAAACCAAGUUACUAUGUUAGACUUGGUUCUUUGUCUACCAAGAUGCGCGCCCGGUCUUACUACCAGGCCUUGGGUAGAGUUGAAAAUGUUAAAUGCAGAAGUCAAGAAACGAUUUCUAAACUUCGUUCCACUGUCAAUUUGAUUGAAUUCUCAAGGGAGAAUAAGGACAAUGUCAGCCAAAAAACUCAGGAUAAACUGUAUAAUUCCUGGGUGGAGUGGAAGAAAUGCAUCGGCCAAAGUGACAGCGAUGAAUUACCCUGUGCCGAGCAUAUUGAAUCUCGUGCUGUAGCCGUAGCCCGUGAUCUGACGCAGCAGCUGCAGGUCAACUGCCGCACGCUGAUAGCCUCCAUUCAAGGUUUACCUCAGAGUGUGCAAGAUCAGGCCAGCCACGUAGGGGCUAUGGCAGGUGAUGUGGGUGCAGUUUUCCACCCUACCUCUUCCUUUAAGGAAGUGUCGGGUGGACGCCUCACUCUGACUAAAGGGCAGCUGCAAAAAAUGAAGGAGUCCAUAGAUGAAGUGAUGGAUUACCUAGGUACCAACACGCCCCUUAGUUGGCUGGUGGGUCCUUUUUACCUUCAGGUGGUAGAAUCUGGGAAGUCAGGAAAUCCAAGCGAAGAGAAGAAUUCCAGCCAGGAGGACCAAUAACGUGGCCCCAACACAAAUUAAAGUUGUGCAUAGCACACUUCUUUCUGUCUUCAGCUGAAUAGGAUCCAGUUUUUGCUCCUGUUGCUGUAUCAAAUGAAAAAGAUAAAAUAAAGCUGAGGUUGUUGCAAA